AUGACCUCGCGUCUGGCGCUCUCGUCUUCGGCCGUGGUGGUCCCGCUCACGGCGCGUCACACCCUCAGCGCCGCUCACCACACCCUUUCGAACGGACAGUCCCCCAGAUCCGAUUCGCGCGGAGCCGCAGGAGCGCGCUAUCUUGGCUCUGUGAAUUCGACAGUUGUUGCUGAGCAUUUCCACUGGCCAGGGCGCCUCUGCUCGUUUCUUUUUGUUCUUCUUAGCUCAGGUUGCCUUUCGUCACCUCGUCCCUUUUGUCUUGCCCUCGCCGGGCUGGCCGGUCCUUGCCUGCCUGCCUCACCACUCCCAACCCCCAACCGAACACUCGGCAGCACUCCCAAGAUGGUGAGCGCCUUCGAGGCCCGGCGGCGCGAAAAUGUCGCCAACAACGCGAAGCUGCUCCAGGAGUCUGCAGCCAUUGGCGCAAAGAUGGCAAGGGCGGCCAAACCACCGCCUAAGCCGGCUGCCGCACCAAGGAAGAGGAAGGCUGCCGCCGAGCCAGUCCAGCGCACCCGCGUCAUGCCCACCCGCCAGAGCGCCAGACUGUCCGGAGGCGCUGCCGAGACCGACUUGGACUCCCUCCAGACCAAAUCCGAGCUGCUAGAGGCCCAGAAACCCGCCAAGCGGGCACGAAUCACCGGUGACCUCGACGUCUCCAAGCUCAAGGUGGAGGGUUCGAGAUGGGCCAAUGGCGACGCGCUAGCAAGCUUUGCCCAAGGCGCUCAGCCUGGCGUGCGGACCUUCACCGACGACGACAUCAAGGACACCGACAACGAGGAGCUCAAGAAUCUGAGGAAGGGCAUGCAGGAGCUUGAGCUGUACGAUGGCUGGCUUCCGAAUGACAUCAAGAUUACGCCAGAGCGCGUCUACGCCCUGGCCUUUCACCCCAUUCAGGACAAACCCAUUGUCCUGGCUGGCGACAAGAAGGGUAUCAUGGGCGUCUUUGAUGGCUCCCAGGAGAAGCCACAAUAUGACGAUGAGGACGAGGACGCACACGUUCCCCUGCCCCAGGUAUCUGCCUUUGAGAUGCACACGAGGACCAUCUCGUCCAUAUUGGCGCCACAGUCUGACCCCAACUCGGUCUUUAGCGCUUCCUAUGACUCUACCAUUCGGUGCCUGGACCUUGCAACGCAAGUCAGUAGCUCCGUGUGGGAGCCCGCAGAUGCUGAUGAGGAUCUCGCCAUCACCUGCAUUGACAUGUCUCCCGAGCAGAAGGAUGUUCUCGUGUUCUCGACCAUGGAGGGCUCGCUCGGUCGAACCGACCGCCGCACCAAAGAAAAGGCCGAGAUUUGGAGCCUGACUGACAACAAGAUUGGGGGGUUCUCUCUACACCCGCUGUUGCCGCACUUGGUGGCCACGGCUUCGCUGGAUCGCACCUUGAAGAUCUGGGAUUUGCGCAUGAUCAAGGGCAAAGGCGAGAUGCGGCACCCCUCGCUGCUCGGUGAACACACUUCCCGCCUUUCGGUCUCACAUGCUUCGUGGUCUAGAAGCGGCCAUAUAGCAACGUCAUCUUACGAUGAUACUGUCAAAAUUUAUGACAUGUCAGAGGCGGCUAAGUGGAAGCCCGGCCACAAUAUUACAGAAAUGGAGCCCGCUAGCACCAUCCGCCAUAAUAACCAGACAGGCAGAUGGGUCACCAUCUUGAAGCCACAAUGGCAACUCAGCCCUGCAGAUGGUAUUCAUAAGUUUGCCAUCGCCAACAUGAACCGCUUUGUGGACGUAUACGAUGGCGAGGGGAAGCAGCUAGCCCAACUAGAAGGAGAAGGCAUUACGGCAGUUCCUGCCGUGGCUGAGCUGCACCCGACUCAUAAUUGGGUAGCUGGUGGAACUGGCAGUGGAAAACUUUGUCUCUGGAUUUGA